AUGGCUAUAUCAGAGACGACUACAACCACGGCCACAACCACGGCCACAGAACCAGCAGCGACGAAGAAGAAGACGACGGCGACGACGACGACGACGACAACGACAGCGACGACGACAGCGGCGACGACGGCGACGAUGGCGGCAUCGGCAGCGGCAGCACCCGACAUGCGGGCUCGUCGACGCGAAGAGUUCCACGAAGCAGACGUGGUGGUGGUGGGUGCGGGCAUCUUCGGGUGCGCCAUCUCGUACGCGCUCGCGAACCAGGGGCGGUCGGUGAUACUCCUCGAGAGGUGGAUGCACGAGCCGGACCGGAUCGUCGGGGAGCUCCUCCAGCCGGGCGGGGUGGCGGCGCUGCACAAGCUGGGGCUGGGCCACUGCCUGGAGGGCAUCGACUCGAUCCCGUGCCAGGGGUACACGGUGCUGCACAAGGGCACGCCGGUGGUGGUCCGGUACCCGACCGUGGACGCGCACGGUCGGGCGACGCACCCGUGGAGGGGCGCCGGCACGGAGGGCAAGAGGCCGAUCGGCCGGGGCUUCCACCACGGCCGCUUCAUCAUGCAGAUGCGGCGGGCCUGCCAGGCGCACGCCAACAUCACCGUGGUGGAGACGGAGGUGGUCAGCACCGUGCGCGGGCAGCACUCGGACCAGAUCCUCGGCGUGGAGACGCGCACGACGGACAAGGAGACGGGCGACAAGAAGGCCGACUGCUUCUUCGGCCAGCUCACCAUCGUCGCCGACGGCUACGCCUCCAAGUUCCGGAAGCAGGUCAUCGCGCGCCCGCCCGUGGUGCGCUCCAAGUUCUACGCCCUCGAGCUCAUCGACUGCCCGCUGCCGGAGCCCAACCACGCGCUCGUCAUCAUCGGCGACGCCUUCCCCGUCCUCCUCUACCAGAUCGGCUCGCGCGAGACCCGCGCGCUGAUCGACGUCCCGGCCGACAUACCCGAGGCCAGCCCGGCCGCCGGCGGCGUGCGCGGCUACAUCGACAAGUGCGUGCUGCCGGCCGUGCCGGAGCCGAUCCGCUCGUCCAUGGUGACGGCCCUGUCGGACGGCAAGAUCCCCCGCUCCAUGCCCAACAGCUGGCUGCCGCCCUCGCCCCAGUCGACCAAGGGUCUCGUCCUGCUCGGCGACGCCAUGAACAUGCGCCACCCCCUCACCGGCGGCGGCAUGACCGUCGCCUUCAACGACGCCGUCAUCCUGUCCGGCCUGCUCGCGCCCGAGCUCGUCCCCGACCUGGGCGACACCCGCGCCGUCGCCGCCGCCAUGGACACGCUCUACUCCCGUCGCAAGAACCUGACCGGCAUCGUCAACGUGCUCGCCCAGGCCCUCUACGCCCUCUUCGCCGCCAACGACCCCCAGCUGCGCAUCCUCCAGCGCGGCUGCUUCGGCUACUUCGAGCGCGGCAUGACCGACGGGCCCUCGGCCAUGCUGGCUGCCAUAGUCCAGCAGCCCGUCGUCCUCUUCUACCACUUCUUCAGCGUCGCCUUCCUGGCCAUCUGGCUGAACGCCUGCGACCUCGUCGGUGGGCCCCUCGGCCUGUGGAAGGUGCCCCUCGCCUUCAUCGACAUGAUCCUCAUCCUCUGGAAGGCAUCCAUCGUCUUUGUUCCCUACAUGUGGCGAGAAAACUUUCGGUAA